AGGCUAAUGGCGUCCGCGCAUUAUCAUCGCUGCGUACUUCGCUAUCGUGGUGGCUGUACCCGGCUCAGCUGAGCAAUGUGACACGCUGCUUGCGCGUGUGAGAGAAAAAAAAAAAACGCAGAGUGGUUUGCGAGUUCGAUGAGCGGCAGCCGCUGGUUCGUCAGCAAGUCCAAGGAGUCCCGCCGGGAGCGGGCUCGGACCUCGCACAACCACGGCGACGAACGCCGCGAUGACUACGUCUCGUCUCACCAUCGCCGCGGCUCCGAGCGCGCGUCGGAACGUUCGCGCGCGUCUCACCACGGCGCCGCCGCCAGCAGCCCCGACCGCAAGGACAACCCCCGGCCGUCAGCGGCCAAGAACUCCGAAGGCGGCGGCGGCCACGGUCAGCUCGUGUUUCGGCGCCAGGACCGCGUCAAAGUCAAGCAACGUACGCCCGAUGGUUCACCUCGGCGCGACGAACACAAACCCCCUUCAUCCGCGCCUUCGAGCAAGUCGCGCGGCCGAGGAGAUUCCAAGAAACCAUCAGGGGAUGACGACCUGUGGGGUGCCCUGGGUCAUGUGUACAGCGAGGUCCCUGCGUGGGCCCUGCGGGAGGCUCGCGAGCGCCUGACCCCGGCCUGGGUGGCCAAGCACCAGAGCUACCUGCGCCGUGUGCUCGAGGAGGCCCUGAAGCGUACUCGGCUGCCCCACGAUGCCCGCAACGAGCUGGCCGCCUGCUUGUCUGCCUACGGCACCUUGCUCGGCGAGAGGGCCAAGGAGUUUGUGGACUGGCUACUGAACUUUUAUGACGCAAGCAUUCCGGAUGAGUCCCGUAUCUGCCUGCUGAAGGCACUGUUGGAGGUGCUGAAGGGGAAUCCCCAAGUUGCUGCUGAAGUUUUGCAGAUGGUGAUGGGUCGUGCCCAGUCUAUGCUCGAGUCGGCCGAGGACUGUGAGCUGCUGCUGUCGGCAUGCGCGCUGUCCCUGUGGGCCGCGGAACAGGACCCCGAGGCCUUCGCUGCGUCUUAUUUCCACGAUGCCGUUGACAUCCUUGUCGGGUGGCACAUUGACGCCCCGUCGGAAUCCCUGGCCCGGCGCACGGGCGAGGCUCUCGAGCAGCUUGGUCCCUUCUGGGCCGCCGACCCAAACUUCUGUGCCACUCUGCUCGGGCAGUUUGUCGAGGACCUGGAGGCCUAUGCCGAGGAUCUUGCGAACCGCAAGAUCAGGACGACGCACCGACAGACCCGCCCUGCCUAUCUGUGCGAGGACCCCAACGAGUGCCUGGACAGGAUGGCUUCCCUGCUGCGCGUCUACGGCACGGUGGUGCACAGCCUCGGAGACCAGGCAGUCCAGGUUGUGACCUGGGAACUGCUCAGCGAGAACCUCCAUGGAAUGGCCAACUGUGUCCUGCAGGCAACCGAGUUUGCACCCAGGAACUCUCUUCUCGUCUCAGCCAACCAGACGGUGGUGCUGCUGUGCAACCUGACGGGUCAGUGUCCCUCGUCCCUGGUGGACCUGCUGCACCUGCAGGCGCAGCUGGUGCUCUCCGAGGCACACACCCUGUCCCUGCUGCGCCUGCUUGGAUCCCUCGUGCAGCACCUGGGUGCACAGAUUCCACUGCCGCUGGUAUCGCUGGCCUUCGAGAGCCGCUGGCGUCGCAGCCCCCGGGCGCGGGUGCAGGCGCAGCUGCUGUCGGUGCAGCACGCCAUGCUGAAGCUGAAGAGCGUGGCCAUUGUGGAGGAGGCCUACCGAUGCCUGGUGCAGAGCCUGGACGCGACGAGCAUGGCGGCUACGGCCCUGGCGCCCCUGUGCUCCCUCAGCCAGGUGGCCAACGCCCGGCACUCCAUCAUCGGGAUGUGGGCCCUGAAGCCGGCCUUCUUCGACCUCCUGCUCGAGUACCUGACACCCAUCAGUGACGGCUGGCACGGGUCGCCCAGCACCCAGUAUGCCAUGCUGUACCUGCUGCACUCGCAUAGCCAGAGGCACGGCCACUUCAUAUCAUCCAGCACUCUUCUGAUCCAUGGUGAUGACCUGGGUGUGCCACGGAGCGUGUACCUCUCACGAAUACUCACCCUCCUGGCCAGUGUUCUCACAUCGACCACUGUGCCUGACGAUGUCAGGCGCCUGUGCCAGCACUGGUCCCUGCAGCUGGUCGAGUGCCUGCAACUCCACAUGCCCCACCUGGCACACUCGACCGAGUUCCUCGGCCUCAUCGAUGCUACCAUCGACUGCGGCUACACCAAUGACACAGAGGCAACCUUGAGGGCUUGCCAAAUCCUUCAGCGGGUUGUCGACACCGUCAGCACCCUGCUUCCCAGAGAGAUUCUCCAGAGAUGCUACAACCUGUGUGUGGUGAAGGCUGGCAGCGCUGUCCCAAGCGAAAGGUCAAAGUUCAUUGCCCUCAUGACCCUGCUGCCCGUUGACCUCCUCACAAGUGAGGCGCUGCUAAGUUCCCCGGAGCUGCAGGAGCAGGCGUUGCAGCGCACGGCCAUCUUAUCCGCUCCUGGCACCACCCUGACCGUGCAGGGCUUCCGCACAGUCAUGUCUGCCUUGCUGCUACCGCCGCCUGGUGGGGGCAAUAUUGAUGCCUGUGAGCUGCGCCUGGAGCGCCUGGCACCGGCUGGCCUGGCAUCGGGUCGUCACGCAGGCGCCCUCUGGUGCUGGGCCCUGUGGGAGUGUGCGCAGACAUGCGUGCAGCAGAAGCUGCGCACAGCACUGGGCAAGCCCCAGGAGACGUUCACCUCGGUCGAAGGAGCCCUCAAGGCCCUGCUGGCGGAGCCCCCACCCACGGGCAUCCCUUCGCUCAAGAGGGCGCAGCUCCUUCUGGACUUCCUGGAGCAGCUGGACAAGUGCAUGUACAAUGCGUACGAGGGCAGCGCGGGCAGCCUGCCUGCGGCCCCCAAGGCGGUGCGCACCUUCUUCCGCACCAACCGGGCCACCUGCCUCGAGUGGCUGGCCCGGGUGCGACCCCGGGCCGUGCGUCUCGCCCUGCGUGCGGGCCGCCCUGCCGAGGCCCUGCGGCACACGGGGGCCCUGGCUGCCACUGUGCCCCAGGGCUUGGGAGCGGUGGUGCGUGAAACAGCCACCUCACUGGUGCAGCUGCACUGCCCCGAAGCCAUCUGGGGCCUGUACGCCUGGGGCAAAGAGAUCCUCGGACAGCGCAUGCCUUGGCUGCGAGCGGCUGCUGCUCAUGCUGCUGGCAGAUAUGAGUCUGCCGCUGAAGAGUACGCAGCUAUCCUCAAGGACGAGGCACAGGUGUCGAAGGAGACUCGUCCGUUCUUGCUCAACCAGAUCCUGGACUGCCACAUGAAAUUAGCCGACUGGGACGAAGCGCUCAAGUGGGCCGAGGAUUCUCGUCACGCACCUGUCAAUGGCUGCGUCAACAAGCUCAGCAGCCGCAUGACCUCCAUUGCACAGCACAUCAGGUCGCUGCUGAGCACAGACCCCGUUGAGAGCCCUGCCUGCCCGCAGGACACGUGGGAUGCCGAACAGCAGCUGCUGUUGGCCCAGCACCGGGCGACAAUGCCCGGCUGCUGCCGUGACAUCAACGCGUCGGAGGAAUCCGCUGCCGCGCUGCUGCAGCUGUGCACCAUCCAGUGGCCGCCCCAGGUGGACCCCGCCUUGCUGGCCCUGGUGCGCCGGGUGCCGCCGGUGAUUGGCGAGCCCCUGUCGCCCGCGCAGCACGACUGCAGCGCCAUCAGUGAGGCCCUCACCUGGAGCCACGCUGAGCCCAUCGAAGGGUUCCUGCUGGCUGGAGCUCGUCUGGCCCGCAAGCAGCACAACUUGCGAUUGGCGGAACGGUGGCUCCUGCGGGAGGCCGGUGGGGAUGAAGAGGGUUCCGCGCUGACUACGCUGGCCGACGAUGGUGCCCCCCUGGCCGUGCUGAGGGAGGCUGCCAAGCUGCUGCAUGCCCGAGGAGAGCUGGCCGAGGCGGCAAGGAUCAUGGCACGCGUGGCCUGGACACAUGCCACUAGCCUUGAAGACUCUGAGCUGGUUGCCAGGUCCUUGCUGACAUUGGCCAAGUGGUUGCAAGCGGAGCCGCCAACUGUCGAGCCCCUGCUCGGGGACGGGCUGCGCAAUGGCCGCGUCGACGGCUUGGCGGCCGCCUUCUCGUGCAGCUACUCGCUGUCUGGCCAGCAGCGCAACUGCUCUGCGCCUCCUCCGCAGCUGCAGCCACUGGACGGCCUGCUGAGCACUUCCGAGGUGUCUAUGGGGUCCCUGCUGCGGCACAGCCUGUCCCUUUGCCCGACCCUGCCCAAGGCGUGGGCCACCUACGCGGGCUGGUGCUACCGUUGGGGGCGCAAGGUCAUCGACGCACCCAGUGACGGCAAACUGAACAUCUCGGCGAAGGACAAUGACCUGGCAUACCUCCUUCCCGAUUCACUGACAGAUGAGGAGAAGAGUGCUGCCAAGCGCAUCCUCAUGAGAGUCCAGGUUGCCCUGACAACAGGAAUGCGACUGACACGUCGGUGUGGCUGCUCUGCCGGCCGACAACGGCCAGUGUGUGGCACUACCGACGCGCCGGGACUUCAUCGCCGGCUCCGCCGAGGAUCAUGCGGCGGCUCAAUUGCCUUUCCCGAGUCUGACUGCCACGCUGAUGUGGCCCGUGUGGCCUGGUCGGACCUGCGGCAGGAGCUGGAGGCGGUCUGCCCCCGUCUGGACCCUCGGACUCUGGACUCGUUGUUGGAGUCACGUGCAGUGGUGCUAGGCCGGGCCUUCCACUAUUACCGCUCGGCUGCGUCUGCCUACUUCAAGUACCUCCAGCUGCAGCAGCAGCAGGAUGAAGACACCAAUGUGACAGCCACCCUCCGACUCCUGCGCCUGGUGGUGAAGCAUGCCUCUGAGCUCCGCGGCGAGCUCGAGGAAGGGCUGACGGACACGCCGACUGCGCCCUGGCGUGGCAUCAUCCCCCAGCUGUUCUCGCGCCUCAACCACCCAGAGGCCUAUGUCCGCAGGAGCAUCCAGAAGCUGCUCUCGCGACUCGCACGGGACUAUCCGCACUUGAUCGUGUUUCCUGCCGUCGUGGGGGCAUUGCCAGAGCCACCUGGUGGCAUUGGCGGAACCAGCGCUCUUUUUGGCGGAGCCACAGCAACGCCAAACAGCGACGUAACAGAAGACGAAGGAACGACGUCCACGCUGAUGAGGGAGAGCUACAUUGCCCUUGUCGACACGCUGGCAGCAGACGACGCACAGACCAUCACCCAGGUGCGGCUGCUGGUGGGUGAGCUACGACGCAUCACCCUGCUCUGGGACGAGCUCUGGGUGGGGGCGCUCAACGUGCACAGUGGAGAGGCCCACCGGCGCAUCCGCACCCUCGAGGAGGAGGUGGGGAGGGUGCGCGCCAAUGCGGGCCUCAGCGCUGCCCAGAAGGACACCCUGAUCCGAGACAAGCACGCCCUCUUCUUGUGCCCCACACUGCGCCUGCUGGAGCAGCUGCAGUCAGUGGUGACGUCCCGGGAACCCGAGACCCCGCACGAGGUGUGGUUCAGCGAGACGCUGGGACCUCUCAUAUCCGAGACACUGGCGACCCUGCGCAACCCGCACGACCCCUGGCGACCCCAGGCAAGCUGGGCGGCCCUGAGGCGCCUACACUUGCGCCUGCAGCGGCGCCCCCACGAGGAGGGACCCCAGCUACUCAUGGAGCGAGUGUCGCCAGCACUUGCCGCACUCAAGAACUCGCGGGUACCCAUGCCAGGAUGUUCUGGGAAUGUCCGCAUAGCAGCUGUCCAGUCGUCCAUAGCUGUGCUGCCCACAAAGACCAAGCCCAAGAAGCUGAGCUUCCAGGGCUCGGACGGCCAGCGGUACACAUUCCUUUUCAAGGGCAUGGAGGACCUGCACCUGGACGAACGCAUCAUGCAGCUGCUCAGCAUCUGCAACAGCCUGCUGGCACGGGGUGCGACGGGGGCCAGUGCACCGAGGGCCCGCCACUAUGCGGUCACCCCCCUCGGCUCCCGUUCGGGGCUCAUCCAGUGGCUGGACGGUGUGACCCCGCUGUUUGCCCUCUACAAGCGCUGGCAGCAGCGCGAGGCCGCCUCUGUGCUGAGACCCUCAGAGCUGUUCUAUGGCAAACUGACACCACUGCUCAAGGAGCAGGGCAUCACAAACUUGGACAAUCGCCGGGAGUGGCCAGUGAGCGUCCUGGUAAGCACGCUGGAGGCGCUCAUGGCCGAGACUCCCAAGGACCUGGUGGCCCGAGAGCUGUGGUGUGCGGCAGCCAGCGCCCCGCACUGGUGGCGCGUCACCUGCGCCUUCAACCGUUCAACGGCCGUCAUGUCCACCGUCGGAUACGUCAUCGGCCUCGGUGACCGUCACCUGGACAACAUGCUGCUCGACUUGCGCACCGGAGAGGUGGUGCACAUCGACUACAAUGUGUGCUUUGAGAAAGGCAAGAACUUGCGAGUCCCCGAGAAGGUGCCCUUCCGCAUGACCCCCAACAUCGAGACUGCACUAGGGGUCACCGGGGUUGAGGGACAGUUCCGUCUUGCCUGCGAGCAGGUGCUGAAGGUCUUGCGCCGUGGUCGAGAGACCCUGCUGACCCUGUUGGAGGCCUUUGUGUACGACCCGCUCGUCGACUGGGACAGCAACACCGGCCUGUGCUCUCCCGCGUCGCGCCUGGAGCGGGACAUGGCGAGCGCCCUGCUUGCCAUUCGCAUCCGUGAGACGGCCCAGCCCUGGGCGCACAACCGCAGGCUGCUGGCUGACGCGCUGGACAAGACGGCUGGGCUGCUCCGCGACUGGCAGCAGGCACAGGGUUGCGUGCAUGCUGCGGAGCAGAGCCUGGGCGAGGCAUGUGCCCAGCAGACAAUCCUGGAAGAGGCCCUGGCGUCCGAGGGCAAGGACCACCCGCUCUUCUCGCUGCCCGCCCGUUACCGCGAGUGGGCGCUCGUCCAGGGGGCACGGGACUCUGCACUGCGGGCACUGCUGGAAAAGCUUGAAGAGUGUCGUCGCUGGAGUGCAUUGCAGACGGCAGCCAUGUCGGCACUGUCAUCGGGAACGCCUCCUGACAGGUGGCGCCAAGUGCUGACCGCUGAGCCCGCCCUCGAGUCUGUAGGGUCACUGGCUCCCCUGGUGGAGUUUCUGCAAAGCUCGGGGCAGCUUCAAUUGCUCCAGCAGUGUGAACAGAGCGAAGGUGAACUGCUGGCACUGGUCCAGCAGUUGCGCCAGUCACUGCAGACGGCCCUGGAGCUGCUGGGCACAUACUCGGCCAUCGUGGUGCAGGGCCCCCCGCAUGGCUGGCACCAGCCAAGCCACCGACUUCAACACUGGCAGCACUGGCUCGACGGCCUGCAUCAGGACUUCACCCUGGCCAAGUGUCAGGAGGUGAUAUCCGAGUUCCACCACCACUACGGCGUCGGAACGGAUGUUACGUUUGCCCAGGGAGCCCUCGCUCUGCACUACGAGCUCCAGUCCGCCGUGUCGGACUGCAACACUCACAUCUUGGCUGUGAUGAAGCGCAAGCAAGCUGAAGGCUCCGACUACCUACCUGACGCUCGGGCAGCACUCCUGGCUCUUGCCCAAGACUGCAAUGAUGGAACAACUGUUGCAGACACACAGACUGACACAAGUGUAAAAAAUUAUAACCAGGAAAAGGAGAGUGUGAAUGAGCAACUGCUUGAAAAGCAGAAUCCGUCCCAGCAGCCUGCGGUGCUGGCUGCCCUGCUGGGUGCUCUCUGCCCCUGCGCCCAGAACUGCUGGUCAUGGAGACUGCCGCGGCCGCCUCGGGUGAACGCCUGGCCGACCUGCAGUUCUGGGGCUCUGACUGGUUUACAGGACCUUCACGUGCAGGCCGCUGUGGCGCACGAGAUGGGACGGGUCCUGAUGCAACUGGAUCCACCAGCUGAAACUGUCCAGCUGUGUGUUGUGGCUGAGUCCAUCUACAAGGUGUUUGCAGCCCUGCUGGAUGUGAUGGUGCACUUCCAGACCAUCAUUCUGCCUGAGGCCCUCAAGCGAUCCAUGGAGACGAGCGUACUGUCCCUGGUGUCCACCAUGCACGAGCCACCCCUCGGCGGCCAGGCUGUUGCGGAGUACAUCGGGGAGCUCGUCAGGGAGCUGCACCAGAAGAUGACCGACGGGGUGCAGUAUGAACCAACACCAGCUCUGGAAGACAUCAAGGUUGCUUUUGAUGAUUUGAUGAAAACGGACGACACUGGACUGACGCCUGGGAAGAUGCUUGUCCAGGGCUUCCACGGCCUCUUUGCCAAGACUGCCACAGAACUGACCAACUUCUAUGCCAUGCUGAAUGGCAUAGAGCUCAACUGGAAGAGCGUCGACGUGGUGUGGAGCGCCUACUCGCUCUGUCCCCCGCACCUGGAUACACUGGACGCCUACCUGAAGGACAUAAUGUUCCUGCAGUGCCUGCAGUGCAUGCACCAGAUCUUCUCGCCGCAGCUUCUGUCGGGCAUGGCCGAAGAACACGCCUUCCUGCCAGUCAAGCACUGCAUUGCCAGCAUUUACCGAAUUCAGAUGCUUGGCCUGCCAUCGUUUGCUCUGAGCUCGUGCCUGUGUGCCACGCUGGCACUGUCCCAAGCUACCGACCCGAACCAGCUGCAGUUGAAUCCCCCGGCCAGCCGCACCCUGGAGUCCCUCUCGGCGGGCUGGGCGGCCAGUGGAGAGGCUCUGUCGGCCGUGGCAUCCUUGGAGGCGGCCCAGCGCCACCGUGACCUCCUGCGGCGCCUGGACCUGGCAGAGGGGGUGCUGCGAGUGCGGCUGCAACGCUGCCAGCUGCGUUUCGCCUCCCACCACUGGCUGCACGAGGAGGCCCUGCCCAACCCUGGGGGGCAGACCCUGCCUGCCAGGACGACCCUGCUAUCUGAGAUGCGCAAGGCGGUGCAGGCAUCAGCCUCCCUGGCGGCCACUCUUUCUGAGGCCAAGGAGGCCCACCUGUCCCUGGCGGGGGCCGUCGAGCAGCGGCUCAAGUGGGCUGGAGGGGCUAACCCUGCUCUGGCCGACACGCGCAACACCUUUGCCCAGCUGCUGGACCAGUGGACGGAUGCCGUGCAGCUGGUGAACGACCUGACCAGGGAAGUGUGCGAGGCCAGCGAAGCUCUGCUGCUGCGGGAAGCCCUGCGCACGCGCACCACCGAGGCCCUGGCGUGGGACUCGGGCCUACUGGGCCUUCUCAACCGCUGCCAGGAGAGCUGCAUGCUGGCCGAGAACGCCGCACCCCUGGCCCCCGCCGAGCAGCAGCUGCUGCAGCUGCAGGGGUCGGCACCCCUGCCGACCGAGGCCAGCGUCGAGUGGCUGCGUUCACUCCUCGACAAGGUGGCGCUUGGUGCCUGCCGGGAACAACUGGAGCAGGCCAAGACAAGCCGAGAUACAUGCAGGGAAGCACUGCAGAGCCAGGUGUCAACAUUGCGUGCAGACGUGUUGGGCAAGCACCACGAGCUGCUCUCCGAGCUGCGCUCGCUGCUCAAGUCGCUGGCUCGGCAGGAGGACACAACUGUGCAGGAGUAUCUUGCUACCUAUCGACAGUUCUCGGAGCGUGCAUCUGAGCUAGUGAGGACCCUGCUGGCCCCUGACGCGACACCCAGUGACAGUGCCCAGGAGGCACUCUCGGAGCUGAUCGCCAUGGUGCCUCGUGUCUACGAUGGGCUCACAGAGCUCGCCAAUGCUCAGGAUGGCCUUGACCAGCCAAAGAACCCGACUGUCGGCAAGAGUGUUGAGCAGACACCCGAUCGGAAAGUAACCAAGGACCCCAGGACAGGAAAAGCUCUGCAAGAACGCAACAGCUAUGCGGUGGGAGUGUGGCGGAGGGUGAAGAUGAAGUUGGACGGUCGUGACCCUGACAGCAGCAAGCGCUCCAGCGUUGCCGAGCAGGUGGAUUAUAUAAUCAGCGAAGCAACGCGCUUGGAAAACUUGGCACUGCUGUACGAAGGCUGGACGCCUUGGGUGUGAUCCGCCGCCAGCAUCAGCCCCCCCUGGGAGUGGGGGGUAACUGGAUUCCUGGCUCCAGCAGACAACGCGGGACAACAGACGACGAUGGCACCCGAGAUCAACAGCAAACGCAAGGCAGCCCCCUUCCGCAAAAGCCCCGGCUGGGGAAAAAGCAAAAAAAAAUGGGUUGAGGGAGAGGAGGGCCCAAUGCGCGCGCCUCGCAGUAAUGUCGUCGUCACGGCAACAACCGCCAAACCCCCACGUCGACUCUUAAGCAGAACGCUCUCCUCAAGUCUCUCUCUGUACGACAAGCGACCACCGCGAGGAAACGAACGGACUCCGGGGCUGCCAGCACGCCCCAGAUAAUGACUGCGGCAGCCAUCUUCCUGUCCUCCUCCCUGUGAGCCUCCCUCUUUCAGUCAGCCGCACCCGGGGAGCACGUCGGACAGCCAUUGCACCUAACUCUAGCAGACGACGGCUGCCCUCCAGCAGACAGCAUUUGCUGCCAAGCCUGGCUUAAGAAGAGCACAAAUGGUGGCGACAGGAGGUUGCACACUCGCGCAUUCUGCGUCUGCUUUGGGGUUUGUCUGAGGAGGGAGCGUCAUCGGUGGCCAUCGAUAGGUGGCGCCACUGUCUGUGCUCUGGGAGGGGGAAGGACUCUUUCAAAGAUGGUGCAACCUGGUGUUUGUUUCAAUUUUGACACCGCUAGUGGGAGUUGCCCUUUGAGUGUGAAAGGCUGCGGAAUUUCUUCGGCAGGAAGAAACCUGAAGCAGAGAAAUAAGCAGCAGCUUGUAGCCUAUGCUCUUCGCCAUGCUAUUUUCUGGCAAGUGUACGACAAACAUGCUGUGUGCUUCUGACUUUUUUUUAUUUUCAUUAUCUUUUCUGGCCUGUUUUCAACCCUUCCUUAUUUGGUUUGAACUUGUUGCAGCCCCUGCUAGCAAUGUUAUUUCUCUCCUAGUUUUGUGUGUGCCUCUUUAUUGUAGACGCGUUAUGUUUUUGUAAUUCUUGUGUGCUGGAAGUUUGUGUGUCAGGAGGUCAGGUGGACACUGGUUAACGCAGAGACUUGGAGAGUCAUUCACGUAGCUUGCAAUCUAAUGUGUACUUUUUUUUUGUCUGUUCUCACUUAAGCACAUUUCUUGAACUGCCAUAUCGAAUUAAAAGUUAGUUUUUUUUUGGCAAUUUUAGAAUAACAGUUCACAGUUUGGGCAAAUUGGGUAAAGAUAUAUGUUUCCAUCCUCAUUGUUCUGGACGUGUCUUCCUGCUUUUCUUGAUUUUUGCGGGCCCACUUCAUUUUUCCCCUGUGUAACAGAAUGCAUCAAUAAAAGCCAUCAGUUUCAAA